AAAUGUCAUUCGGCAAAUCAUGCAUGUUCGAUUUGUUGCGUCGUGAACAUUAGUGCAAUUUAUUUUAGAUAUUAUAUUUAUCUGUGUUUUAAUUAAUUAGAAUAAAACAAAAUGGCAGAAACCGAGCCUCAAGCUGGAGACACUGGCCCACCGAAGGGUAUGCCCGCCCUGAAGGCGCAUGUCACAGCCAACAAGAUUGAUGUGGCUCUCUGGGCCAUCAGAGUACUCACUGUACUCUUCACCAUAGGAUAUGUACUACCUUUGUUAAACAGCCCGGUAUCAGCGUUCUACAAGGCCCUCCUGGCGAACGCGGCCACGUCAGCUCUGCGCCUGCACCAGCGCAUCCCGCCGCGCGACAUCUCCUUCUCGCGGGAGUUCCUCUCCAGGUUCUUCCUCGAGGACAGCGCGCACUACCUCUUCUACUCACUCAUAUUCAUGAAUGUGGCGCCUAAUUUAUUGAUUCUGACGCCCAUCUUCUUGUUCGCGCUGCUGCACGCCGCCUCGUACUCGCUCACCAUCCUCGAUACCCUGGGCCAGAACUCGAUGUGGGUGGCUCGCCUGCUCAUCUCGCUGGUGGAGUUCCAGUCGCGCAACAUCCUGCGCGCCGCCGCGCUCGCCGAGAUCGUGCUGUUCCCGCUCGUCGUCAUCAUGGCCUUCUUCGGGUACUGCGGCCUGCUGACUCCGUUCGUGUACUACUACUUCGUGACGUGGCGCUACGCGAGCCGGCGGAACCCGUACACGCGCAACACGUUCCGCGAGCUGCGCGUGACGGCGGAGCGCGCGGCGGCGCGGCCCGCGCUGCCCCCACUCGCGCGCUCCGCCAUCACCGGCGCCGUCAACCUCGUCUGCCGCAUGGCGCCGCCCAUGGAGCAUGUGCAGCAAUAACGGUCGAACUAAUCUGUGGAGGAGGAACAGAAAACUUUCUACGUCACUGUCGUUCUUUUAUAUCAAAACUACGUAUGAAGAGUCUUCUCAGGUCUGGAUGUGUCUACUGUUUAGUAACAUUAUUUAAUUACGAUAUUUUAAUGGUCGGAGCCUGUAUCACGCGGCAGUGUGAUAUGAAACUAGAAGAAACUUAUUCAUACAGUUUAAUCGAACACUAAACGUGGAUAAGUGUAGCAAAUAUGAAAUAUUGGGAUUUGUUGAUAAAAAAACCAUUAAAUGGCCGGUGAUAAAAUGUUGAAUUUAUGUGCAUUAAAUAGCGUUACCGCGUUAUUACAAUGCAAUAAGUGGAUAAUGUUGGAUUGCAGAUAAAAACGGCCAAAUAAUUUCAACAAAUGCCAUUAAAAGUAAAAUAAUGAAUCGAAAGUUUUUACAUAUCACACCGUCGACGUGUUUGUCGUCCGGCCGACAUCUACUGCGAAGGUCAUCCAUAUGAAUGCGAACAAACACCGUCCAUCAGGACAUAACUUAUUAUAAGAACAAACUAUCCAAACCAUUGCAGUACAAAAUCCUUACAUUACCUACUUACAAUGUAUUUCAAUGCAUUUCAUAGCAUAAUUUUUUUGGUUGUAAAUCAGUAUGAUUAUUGUAUCUAGGGGAAUGUAUUUAAGUUUAAUUUAUAUUUAAUGUUGGUCCAAUAUUAAUUUAAGACAAGGAAUGUUGAAUGUUUUAGUUAGAUUAAUAAGAAAUUGUAUUCGAUGUACGUUAUUUUGUAAUUGAACUGUAUUGUUUGGCAGUAUUUUGCUCGGAUUACGGUUAUUGGGUCUUCGAUACUUUUUAAUCGAUAGUGAAUUGGAUGACGUCUGUUUACUUGUGACGUUUACAUUACAAGUCGUAGUGCUGGCCGUAAACCGUAUUUCUCGUAAUGACAAGUUUGGCAGGUCGCAACAGCCAAAGAAAAGCACCUUUUGAGUCUCGAGAACUGGGCCAAGGUAAAUAACAAGAGAAAUACUUAUGUAUAAGUACGUAUUUCGAGAUAGAUAACGAAAAAUAACAAAACAAAAGAAGCAGCAAGUUACAUUGCCUUGGCCAUGUUUGCAGUAUUUUGUCGGGAAACAUUCCCCGCGCUCACUUAUGUCGCAGUUUGUUCUUAAGAUCGUUCAUUCCAUACUUCAUUAACUUUCGGGCCCAAUUAUGUACACCUUUCUUAUUAAUAUUUAAAAUCUGUAAAGGGACAUAUCUCUUUGGAUUAAAUUGGUUAUAAAUAUUAAUGUAAAGUUAAAUAAAAUUAUUUUUGUGAAUUGUGUUUACAAUAUUAUUUUGUUUAUGUUGUGUAUUGUCAGCGUCAUUUUUGUAUUUAGCAAUAAUUAUAAUGCACUUGGUUUGGGGUGAAUGUAGUCAGGUUUUUAAAAUAAAUGUUGGUAAAAAUGGUA